GUCCCAUACGGGUAUCUGUCUUACAGAGACUGAGCAUAGGCGGGAAAUGGCGCCUGGUAACAACGUGUAUCAUUUCGGAGACGGUCUCUGAGUAGCUACAUGCACAGAAAAAGUAGGAUCGGCUCACGGAAACAAUCUGUGCUGAUGGUUAGUCUGAUUUGAGCCAUUAUAUCCCGAUACUGUGGAUCACUGCAAGCCUUACAUGUGACUGCUAAAACAAUGAGGCUGAGAAUGCGUAAGGCGUCUCAGCAGCAGAACCCCAGUCUGGCAAACCGCCCAUCUCGGACCAAGCGGAGGCAUUCAGAAGUGGAAGAGGACACGCCUACUAGUGGAGGGAGGGGCUUGUUCUCGACCAUCAAGAAGUUAAUCAGAGGAAAUGCUGUGAAGGUGCAGCAAGAAAGCCCAGCCAAGAAGAAACGCCUCCACUGUGAUGUGGAUAACAACCUGAUCACCUCAACACCACCGAACACCAACAGCCCCCGCAGGACUAUCAGCAGGGUUGGCAGGAGAGGCUCUGUUAAUGGACAGGCAACCAAUCAUGACAGGAGUAAGGAGAAGCCCAAUGGCAGUCUGGAGGAAACGACUGCCGUUGAGCUGACCACCAGCCCUCCCAGAACCACCCUUCUCGGGACCAUCUUCUCACCAGUCUUCAACUUCUUCUCACCACCUAAAAAUGUCUCUUCUGGUUCAGACUCUCCAGACCAGGCAUUAGAGGCUGAGGAGAUAGUCAAGCAGCUGGACAUGGAACAAGCUGUGGAGAUGCCAACUGGUACAGCCACAUCCACACAGGAACUGUGUGCUACCACUAACUUCUACUCUAGUGUUUCACAGCUGCCACCUCUUCGACCUCCCCACAUCCCUGAGGUAUCUCCCAUAGCAGAGGGAGAGCUUGAUGCUGAUGCCGACCUUCCGCCCCUCACAGCUCCAGGCUCCAGUCCUGAUCUGGCAUAUGUUGACUCUUCUCCUGCCGCAGUACCACCGGAGGCAUCAUAUGAGGAUGACUGGGAAGUCUUUGACCCGUAUUUCUUCAUCAAGCACGUCCCUCCACUGACAGAAGAGCAGCUCACCCGGAAGCCGGCCUUGUCACUGAAGACGCGCAGCACACCUGAAUUCUCUCUGGUCCUAGAUCUGGAUGAAACGUUGGUUCACUGCAGUUUAAAUGAGCUGGAGGAUGCAGCGCUUACCUUUCCUGUUCUCUUUCAGGAUGUCAUUUACCAGGUGUAUGUGCGUCUGAGGCCGUUCUUUAGAGAGUUUCUAGAACGCAUGUCUCAAAUCUAUGAGAUCAUCCUUUUUACAGCUUCUAAAAAGUUGUAUGCAGACAAACUGCUCAACAUCUUGGACCCUAAAAAGCAGCUAGUGAUACACAGGUUGUUCCGUGAGCAUUGUGUCUGUGUCCAGGGAAACUACAUCAAGGACCUCAACAUCUUAGGCAGAGAUCUGUCAAAGACGAUUAUCAUCGACAAUUCACCACAGGCCUUUGCAUAUCAGCUGUCCAACGGGAUUCCCAUAGAGAGUUGGUUCAUGGACAAGAAUGACAGUGAGCUGCUGAAGCUGGUGCCCUUUCUGGAGAAGCUGGUCGAGAUGAAUGAGGAUGUGCGGCCGCACGUCUGGGAGCGGUUCCGGCUUCAUGACCUGUUGCCUCCUGAUUGAGCUCGAACUCAAGUGUCUCAGAAUGGGACAACAUGAGAAGACUGAAAACAACGUGUGUAAAAAGCCUCUUUUGGGAUUACAAACUACAACAUUGCCAUUAUUGUUAAGAUUUUUGCCUUUUUUUGUUUGGUUUUGUUUUUAAAUCCACCAUUGCUUUUUAAAAAAAACUUCAAAAGAGGAACAUCUGGGUGACUUUUCUAAGUAUCUAAAUGAACGGAUGACAUGACGCACUAUGAACAAGCCCAGGUAGACUCCUCCUUUUUGACUGACUCUUCAGCUGUGGAGCCAGGCGUUGUCUCCACACUAAAUUCUGAAGUCUUGGUGCUGGUUUAGUGGUUAUGUAAAUGCCACCUGGUAAAGAGGAACUCCACCCAGAGCGAGUCCCGGAACCAGAACCAUCCCUGGUGCUCACACUGUUGACACUGACACAUAAGGACUCUGUGGCUACAGAACCUUUUAGCAGGAACGACUGGGCCGUA